AUGCCUAAAGUUAUAUUACUAUUUAGUGGCAAAAGGAAAUCAGGGAAAGAUUAUUUGACAGAUCAUUUGCAAAAAGUGUUAUCAGAAAAAUGUGAAGUUAUCAAAAUAUCACAGCCAAUCAAAAGUCAUUGGGCCAAAGAAAACAAUUUAAAUUUAAAUGAGCUUUUAAGUGACAGUAAAUAUAAGGAACAAUAUCGUCUGAAGAUGAUCAAGUGGAGUGAAGAAAAGAGAGAUCAAGAUUAUGGUUGCUUCUGUAAAGCAGCAUGUCAAGACGCUGCAGAUAAACCAGCAUGGAUAGUAAGUGACAUAAGACGUAAAACAGAUAUAAAAUGGUUCAAGGAAACCUACAGUGAUCUUCUGAAAAUUAUUAGAAUCACAGCAGACGAAGAAACAAGAAAAAGUAGAGGGUUCCAUUUUCAAGUUGGAGUAGAUGAUACUGCAUCAGAAUGUGAUUUAGAUGACUACAAUGAGUGGGAUCUUGUUAUAAACAAUGGAAAAAAUGGACAGAAGUUACAAGAGCAAAUAAAUUCUAUUUUAGCACUAUUAACAAAUGUUAUC